CUUCUCAGUUCAAAAAAACCAAAUCAAAAGUAAACACCUCGCAAAAAAAAAAAAACAAAAUUAAAUUUCAUCAGCUAAAAAACGGAUUGCAAAGUAAAAAAUUAAAAAUUUUCGAUAUUUGGAAAGAUAAUACAUCAAAUUCAAAGAAUAUUUUAAAUAAUAUAUUUUUAUAAAUAAGUGAAUAUUUUAAAACACAAAAAGUGCAUUAAAAAUAAAAAAAGUCAAAACUUUAUCACUUAAAUUCAAUAAUGCGUUCCCUACCGAUGUUCUUGCGUAUGGCCGAGGAAAUGACCCGGAUGCCACGCCUCACCUCGCCCUUUCAAGCCUUCUUCCACGAGCCGCAGGUUUGGAGUGUGGCCCUUCCGAGGAACUGGCAGCAAAUCGCCCGCUGGCAGGAGCAGGAGUUCGCCCCACCGGCAACCGUUAGCAAGGAUGGCUACAAACUCACCCUGGACGUCAAGGACUACAGCGAGCUGAAGGUGAAAGUGCUGGACGAGAGCGUCGUCCUGGUGGAGGGUAAAUCGGAGCAGCAGGAGGGCGACCAAGGAGGCUAUUCGUCCAGGCACUUUCUCCGACGCUUCGUCCUGCCUGAGGGAUACGAGGCCGACAAGGUGACCUCCAGCCUGAGCAGCGAUGGCGUCCUGACCAUCAGUGUACCCAAUCCUCCGGCUGUGCAGGAGACACUCAAGGAGCGAGUGGUGCCCAUUGAGCAGACUGGCGAACCGUCAAAAAAACCUGCAGAUGAGCCCAAGAACGAGACCAGUCAGCAAUAAUACCCUUACUUGCGAAUGGAAAAAAAUAAAUGCUAGUGAAACCCUUAUGUUUAGAUUUCCCCAUCCUUACCAAAUUCAAAGACUUAAAUAAUAAGUUUAUUCCUAAAAGUUUUAGAAAUUUAAUCCCCUAGUUUUUAUUUAGAAGAAAAUAAAUGUUACAUGAUUUGUAAACAAAGUA